AUGGUUGGUCAAACAGACGCCCGUAAAGCUGCCGGAAUCGUGGCCAAGAUGAUUGAGGAAGGCAAUAUUGCCGGUCGUGCCAUUCUAUUGGCCGGUAAACCUGGCACAGGCAAGACUGCUAUUGCUAUGGGCAUGGCUCAGGCUCUUGGAGAAGAUACGCCGUUUACUACAAUUGCUGGUAGUGAGGUCUUUUCACUUGAAAUGAGCAAGACAGAAGCUUUGACACAAGCAUUCCGUCGCUCAAUUGGUGUGCGAAUUAUGGAGGAGACAGAGAUUAUUGAAGGAGAAGUCGUGGAGAUUCAAGUGGACACACCAACUGGAGGUGUAGGUGAUAAGGUCGGCAGGUUGACACUGCGGACGACCGAGAUGGAGACGGUCUAUGACCUCGGAGCCAAGAUGAUUGACUCGUUAACCAAGGAAAAGGUCGAGGCUGGUGAUGUGAUUACGAUCAAUAAAGAAUCUGGCAAAAUUGCUAAGCUUGGACGAUCGUUUACACGCUCUCGUGACUAUGAUGCCAUGGGUGCACAGACCCGCUUUGUACAGUGCCCCGAGGGCGAACUACAGAAGAGGAAGGAGGUGGUGCACGUAGUUUCGCUCCAUGAGAUCGAUGUCAUUAACUCGCGCUCGCAAGGAUUUUUGGCAUUGUUUGCUGGUGAUACGGGUGAAAUCAAGGACGAAGUGCGUGAACAGAUUGAUACGAAGGUGGCGGAGUGGCGUGAAGAGGGCAAGGCUACCAUCGUUCCUGGCGUGCUCUUUAUUGAUGAAGUGCACAUGUUAGAUAUUGAGUGCUUUUCGUGGCUCAACCGCGCACUCGAGAGUGACAUGGCUCCUGUGCUCAUUAUCGCAACAAACCGUGGAAUCACGCGUAUUCGUGGAACCAACUACAAGAGUCCACACGGUAUCCCCAUUGACUUGCUGGACCGGCUCAUGAUCAUCCCCACGAAGCCAUACAGCGAGUCUGAAAUGCGCAAGAUUCUUAUCAUUCGGUGCGAAGAGGAAGAUGUGGAAAUGACAGAUGACGCAAAGGACCUUCUUACACGUAUUGCCGUCGAGACGUCGCUUCGGUAUGCCAUCCACAUGAUCAUCACUGCGUCGCUUGUAUGUUCCAAGCGCAAGGGCACCGAAGUGGACGUGCCCGAUAUCAAGCGUGUCUACUCGCUGUUUGCAGACGUCAAGCGCUCCACACAGUUCCUGAUGGAGUACCAACGCGAGUUCAUGUUCCAUGAAGUUGACGAAGAGGAGGAAGAUGAAAGCAUGGAGCAGUAG